ACUAUUCGUGAAGCGCAACGUCGCCAUUGUCAGUUCCGUUUUAUGGAUAAAGCUCGAGGUUCGUUUACGAAGGUUUGCAAGCUAUUCAAGUUUGGACAGGUUCCGACAGGUUUGCGCAUAUUUCCUUCGUACGACUUUUGGAGUAAGGGAACGGUAGUCGUUAUGUUCCGUGGCAAUCUUUUUUAUGGUUGCACGGUUGACAAUUCUUCGAUAAGUGGUCCAAUGUGAAGAGCCCUGGACAGGAAUUUAAUUGAAAUGGAGACCGAGGUCAUCUGCCUUUCUUCCGACGAUGAAGUCGUGCCGUUAAAGCCAAGUAAAAGUAACGGGUCUUUGGCAGAAUGUAAGACAAGUAAAAUCCCUCAGAAGAGGAAAAUCAGUGAUGUACCCAAGAUUAUGACUAAUCACAUGGCGAAGAAAAAAAUUAAAUUGAUAUGCUUAAUAGAAAAUAAACCUCAAGACAGCAAGAGAAAUUCGCCAUCAACUGGCAACGCUCUUGAUGUUUCGAUACCGCAAGGUGUGGUGAAAAAUAGAAUAAGUUUUAACAGUGUGACAGAGGAAAAGCAAUCAGAAAAUGGCAAUGAAAAUUCAAAGUCAUCUGUUAAUACAACCGAUACAUCGAUGCCUCAAGAUGCGACGAAGAAGGAGAAUGAUGAAGUAAACAUUACGGUAGAAGAAUUUGUCGAAAAACCAAAAUUGGUUGUAAAAGAAAAAGUUGAUGUGUAUCAUGUCGACGAUGACACUUUUCCGAUGUUUCUAAAUCUGUGCCUCCAACGAGAUUCAAGCAAGGAAAUGGAGAAAAUUGUUAGCAAGUUAAAGAAACGUUACAUACAGUUAGCUCCAGCAUUUGCAAACUCCUCCACUUUUAAGAAUUUAUUAAAUGAGAAAAGAGAAGCUAUUUUAUCAAAUGAUAAACAGAUUUAUGUACACAUUGUGGAUGUGAUGAAUGUGAUGAAAGAAAAGCAGAAUAAAGAUGAAGCUUCUGUAACUACUAGAGUAGAAAAUGAUAAGUGUAAUGAAAUAUUGAAACCAAGCACCAGCGAAAUCCCAAAAGAUCAUCCUCCAAAAGAACCUGAAAAUAACAGAAAACAACAUAAAAUUGAAAAGUAUCUCAAAAAGUUGGAAUAUGCAAUGGAACGCUGUGAGAGACGAAUUAAAAAAUUAGAGGAAGCUGAAGUUGAUUUUGAUGAUGAUAAUGAUAGUAAUUAUAUUAAAACUGAAAGGUAUAAGCAAAGAAUGGUAGAACUGUACACAAAGUGGUGCGAGCUUUCAGGAGAAAGUGCUGAUGCUGGUCGUACAUAUUUACGCCCAAAAUCUAUAAAAGUCUCUCCAAUAGACUGUUUGAACCAAGCGAUAUGUAGUUUUGUAAAUUCAAAGAUUUCUAGAAGAAAUAAGUCCACUAAAAACAUUUCCUCUGCAAGUGCGGUGAUCUUCCCUGAUUAUGGUGAUAUUUUAACUUGCCUUAAAAAAUGCAAUGAUGAGAAACAGUUAGGUUUAACUAAAAAACGCCAGGAAGCAAUUGCAAAAGAUGCGUUUACCCGUAUAGGCGAAUAUUUGCAACACGUUCGACGUGCAGAUUAUUGGGAUACCUUUUCUCUCUAUCUGGAAAAAGAAGAUAAUGAUCCAGCAAAAAAGUCUAGAGACUUAAGUGAGAAAUUACAAAAGAACCAAGAAGAAGGAAAGAAGAAGCUUGCUGAAGUUUUUGAAACAUAUGCUAAAAAACAAGAAACUGGUGGAUUGGAAUUGAAUGAUUCAUCUGAGCUGACAGAUAAAGAAUCGGAUCAAGAGGAAGAUGAGAGUGAAGGUGAUCAAAACCACAGCAGUGAAGAAAACACCAGAGGAGAUGCCUUAAGUACAGUUGAAUCUGACACCGAAAGUGUAGAUGAACGUGUGACAAAAUCUAAUGAAAUUGAAUCUGCAACUCAAUCGAUACAAGAAGCUGAGAAGGAUGUAAUAGUCAAGUCUCCUGAGAAAUGUGGUAAGGUCUCAUCGAUAAUGCCUGAAACAGCAACAGUACCUCCUUUGACUCCCUUUGAAACCAUCAGUACUUGCAAAGACAAUGUACCUGAAAUUGUGUCAGUGCAUUCUGUAAAUAGUACACAGGAGAUUAAAAAGGAUGAAAUGCCAGUCCUAAGGGUGCGAGCAUUCGCAAAACCUCCUGGCUCCUGGAAAGACAGUCCAGAAUCUGCGGUGAAGCCAAAACUGAUAAGUCCAUCAAAGGAAGAAACAACAGCUAUCGUCGAUCUUACAAAAGACUCACCUAAAUUACCUACUGGUCGUGUUCCCAUAAAAACUAUUCGUCUUGAUUCCAAAACCUUUGCAGCUUUUAAUGGUGGUAAAACUAUACUAAUACCGGCAAAAAAAAGCCAUGUCAUCAGUAUACAAAACGUCACAAAGAAUUACGUGGUUAAACAAUCUCGUUACUACCCGUCGAGUUUCCUACAUCCAUCCAACUAACAUUGGUCACUCACCAAAUAGUCCAAUGAUGGAAGUCAUACAACGCACGUAUACGUGAAUUGCCAAACUAGAUAGCACAGGCUAAAAUAUAAAACAACUAGCAGAUAAUGAUGCAGUUCUGCGAUUAAUUCAACCAAAUGUGACAUUGAUAGCUCCAAAAACACCUGAGAAAAAUGUCAAAACCUUCCUUAAUUCAAAAGAGUCUUCAUGGAGUGAGGUAUGGCUUAAUGGUUUAUAAAUUUAUAGGUUUCCAAAAGAAUACAAUUGUGAAUAAGCACUUUCAGUGCGCCAUUUUGUAAUGAAGGAUGGCUAGAAGCAUACAUCUUUUGUACUGUCAAAACUACUACAAGACUUUUAAAAAUAAGUAAAUAAUAUUGAAUUAUAUUAAUAAACUAUUCUGCAAUUGUACAAUAUUAAUAAGUUGUCAGUUAUCAGCUGUAGUUACAUGAGAAAUAUAGCUUAUUUAAAUAUU